AUGUUGGUUACUCCACGUGCAGCGGCGCGUCUGACAAGUUCGCUACUCGUCAUUCUUCUCGUCGCAGCGGGCGUCGAGACGUCGCCUAAGCCCGCGUGCUCCAGGGCGACCCGCGAAGACCUGGAAAGGCUUCUGGGAUCAGCGUUCAACGCCCGCUACAUGGCCAUCGACAAGCCAGACCCGGAACCGACGUCGAGUCGACUCACUGCCCGGCAUUCGGAGGACCCACUCAGCGACCAGGCCGACCUAGAGGCAGGCGGUUUUAGCGUCGACGCCGACUUCAGACAAGACUUGCCGGGUGAGCGAAGACGUGUACGCGAGAAGAGGUCGGAGACGGCCAAGCCCUGGGGCUGUACAUCCAGACUGGAGUGGGAAGACCUCGGAGACGAUCGGUUCCCGAGGUACCUACGGAACGUCAAGUGUCUCGGAGGUGACUGCUGGUUUGGGAAGUUCCGUUGCAAGGCGCGGGCUUUUACCGUGAAGGUGCUCAGGCGCAAGAGUGGCAAGGAGAAAGAUGGCGAUUGUGUAGUGAGUGCGUCGACGGCUGAUUUGCCCGCGGAGCUUCGGGAACACUGGGAAUUCGAGGAGCGCGCGGUGGCGUUCUGUUGUGACUGUUCGGUGGACGACUGAGCC